CGCCGCUUGGCGAACAAAGCCCCUGGCACUGCCAAUAAAGACAGACCAUGCCUCCCUGCUUAGCCUCUCCUCUUUUCACGGCGCCGUGAAGGGAAGGCAUGACACCAUUCCCGUCGCCUUUCCUUAUAAGAAAGACGCCAGUUUUUAGAGGAAGAGGUGUCGUCUUGAUAUAGUGGAAUAUUUUUGUCUUUUCUGCUGCUGAUGAGUUGAGAUGCUGGCAGAGCGCAGAGAGAACGGCAGGGCUGCCUUUGCCCUGACAAAGCCGCUCAAGAUGAACAUGGUGAAGAGGAUCAUGGGGCGGCCGAGGCAGGAGGAGUGCAGCCCCCAGGACAAUGCUCUGGGCCUGAUGCACCUGCGACGCCUCUUCUCCGAACUGUGCCACCCUCCUCGCCACAUGACCCAGAAGGAGCAGGAGGAGAAGCUCUACAUGAUGCUUCCCGUAUUUAACAGGGUGUUCGGCAACGCUCCACCCAGCAGCAUGAUGGAGAAGUUCUCCGACCUGCUGCAGUUCACCACCCAGGUCUCACGGCUCAUGGUGACCGAGAUCAGACGAAGAGCCUCUAAUAAAUCCACAGAGGCAGCCAGUCGAGCCAUAGUCCAGUUUCUGGAGGUGAACCAGAGUGAGGAGGCGAGUCGUGGCUGGAUGCUUCUGACCACCAUCAACCUGCUGGCCUCCUCCGGACAGAAAACGGUGGACUGCAUGACGACCAUGUCGGUACCCUCCACGCUGGUAAAAUGCCUGUACCUGUUCUUCGACCUGCCUCACAUGGCUGAGGCCCCAUUAGGCCCCACCCCGCAGGCCCCACCCCCGCCGCCACCUCCCCCACCCAGCCAGGAGAAGACCCCGGGCCAGGGCCACACCCAGCAGGAGCUGCCCCUGGCUGACCGCAGAGUGCUGCUCCAGAAAGUCUUUGUCCAGAUCCUGGUGAAGCUCUGCACCUUUGUGUCCCCGGCUGAAGAGCUGGCCCAAAAGGACGACCUCCAGCUGCUGUUCAGUGCCAUCACCUCCUGGUGUCCCCCCCACAACCUGCCCUGGAGGAGGAGCGCGGGGGAGGUGCUUACCACCAUCUCCCGACACGGCCUGAGCGUCAACGUGGUUAAAUACAUACACGAGAAGGAAUGCCUGGGUACAUGUGUUCAGAACAUGCAGCAGUCAGAUGAUCUGUCAUCGUUGGAGAUUGUGGAGAUGUUCGCCGGCCUCUCCUGCUUUCUCAAGGACUCCAGCGACGUGUCACAGACCCUGCUGGAGGAUUUCCGAACUAGCCACGGUUACACCUUCCUCCUCGACCUCCUGCUCAGACUUGAACAGGCCAAGGAGGACGAAUCGAAAGAUGCACUAAAGGACCUUGUUAACUUGGUCACCUGUCUGACAACUUAUGGGGUGACGGAGCUGAAACCUGCUGGCCUGACAACCGGAGCUCCCUUCCUGCUGCCUGGCUUUGUUCUCCCACAGCCUUCUGGGAAAGGCCACACCGUGCGUAAUAUCCACGCUUUUUCAGUGCUUCAGAACGCCUUCCUAAAGGCUAAAACAAACCGUCUGGCAUCCAUGCUACUGGACGCCAUCGGAAAUAUCUACUCAUCCGAGCCGGCCAACUACUUCAUCCUGGAGUCGCAACACACCCUGUCGCAGUUUGCAGAGAGUGUAGCCAAGCUCCCCGAGGCCCAGACCAAGUAUUUUGAGCUCCUUGAGUUUGUCGUCUUCAGCCUCAACUACGUGCCGUGCAAAGAGCUGUUCAGUGUCAGUGUGCUGCUCAAGUCGAGCACGUCCCACGCCUGCACAAUCACGGCUGUGCGGACGCUGCUGAAGCUGUCCAGGCACGACCCGGUGUUCAGCGACGUUCUGCGGGAGGUCGGCCUGCUCGAGGUGCUAGUCAACCUGCUGCACAAGUAUGCUGCCUUGCUCAAAGACCCGGCCACGCAGCAGCAUCCACACAAUAAUGACCAAGCUGACUGUAAAAACAACACAGUAGCAGAGGAGCAGAAGCAGUCGGCCUGGCUGGUGAUGGAGACGCUGACUGUGCUCCUGCAGGGCUCUAACACCACUAACACUAAUGCAGCUCUGUUCAGAGAGUUUGGCGGCGCUCGUUGCGUCCACAACAUCGUGAAGUAUCGGCAGUGUCGGGAACACGCCCUGCUCAUCAUCCAGCAGCUCGUCCUGUCGCCCAGCGGCGAUGACGACAUGGGAACACUGCUGGGCCUCAUGCACUCGGCACCGCCCAGUGAACUACAGCUGAAGACUGACAUACUGCGGGCUUUGUUAGCGGUGUUGCGCGAGAGCCACCGCACCCGGACGGUGUUCCGCAAGGUGGGCGGCUUUGUCUACGUCACCUCUCUGCUGGUGGCCAUGGAGCGCUCACUGUGCCAGCCGCCGCGACACGGCUGGGAGCGCGUCAACCAGAACCAAGUCUUUGAGCUGCUGCACACCGUCAUCUGCACUCUCACCGCCUCCAUGCGCUACGAGCCCGCCAACUCACACUUCUUCCGCACAGAGAUCCAGUAUGAGAAGCUGGCUGAUGCUAUAAGGCUGCUGGGCUGUUUCUCAGACACUAAGAAGCUGGGUCCCACAAGCGUUUUCCCCUCCAAUGCUCAGCCUUUCCAGAGGCUGCUGGAGGAUGAGGCUGCCCCUGGAGGCUGUGCAGGAGACAGCAUCUGUCCCACACUCAAACACUGCAGCAAACUCUUCAUCUACCUGUACAAGAUGGCCACCGACUCGUUUGACAGUCGUGCGGAGCAGGUGCCCCCCUGCCUGACACACGAGACCUCGCUGCCCUCACCGUGGGGCACGCCGGCACUCGCCAGGAAGAGACAAGGCUACUAUGGUACAUCCGGUCCUCCCGCCCCAGUCAAAGCCCUGACAGACCUGAAGCUCCACUUAGCCAACACCUCCCACCCCCUUUCCUCCUCGUCCUCGUCUGACAUGGUGGUCAUCCACCCAGGGGCCGUCCUGGCCAUGCUUGACCUGCUGCCCUCCGUCUCCUCCGACAGUCAGCCAGAGCAUGCCCUGGACCUGCAGCUGGCAGUGGCCAACAUCCUCCAGCUCCUGGUGAACAGUGAGAGGAACCAGCAGGUGCUGUGUGAAGCUGGCCUCCACCAGCGGCUGCUGCAGCGCUGCAGUCAGGCCCUGGGCGAUGAGGACCACCCGCUGCACCCUCCGCUGCAGAGGAUGUUUGAGAGGCUGGCUUCGCAGGCCCUGCAGCCGAUGGCACUCAGGGAGUUCUUGCGUCUUGGAAAUCCUCUGAACUGCGGCGCCUGGGACAAGAAGCUACUGAAGCAGUACCGGGUUCACAAACCCAGCUCUCUCAGCUACGACGCCGAGAUGAGAAACAGUAUGACCAUGUCCAUGGAGGGCUUCGGUCCUGACAGUGUCUUCGCCACGCCAGCGGAAGACAACGGCCAGUAUCGCAUCAGCCGCAGCCUCGUGCGCUCCGCUGAGGGCAGCACUGUACCCCUCACCCGAGUCAAGUGCCUGGUGUCCAUGACAACGCCCCAUGACAUACGUCUGCACGGAUCAGCAGUCACGCCUUCAUUUGUGGAGUUUGACACAUCGCUGGAGGGCUUCGGGUGCCUGUUUCUGCCCAGCCUGGCUCCACACAACGCUCCUACCAACAACACCAACGCCUCAGGUGUCAGCGAUGGAGCAGUGCUGAGUGGGAUGGGUACAGGGGAGCGCUUGUUCCCUCCUCCAUCAGGCCUGAGCUACUCCACCUGGUUCUGCGUGGAGCGUUUCAGCGCGGCUCCUCAGGCCCACCCGGUGCGACUGCUGACCGUCGUCCGUCGGGCCACGUCCUCAGAGCAACACUACGUCUGCCUGGCGGUGGUGCUGUCUGCCAAAGAUCGCUCGCUCACCGUCUCCACCAAGGAGGAGCUGCUGCAGAACUACUCUGAUGAGUCAAGUGAAGAAGCCUCCUUCUAUGAGAUCCUGCCCUGCUGUGCUCGUUUCCGCUGUGGCGAGCUGAUCGCCGAGGGCCAGUGGCACCACCUGGUGCUGGUCAUGAGCAAAGGCAUGCUGAAGAACAGCAUGGCCACGCUGUACAUCGACGGCCAGCUCAUCAGCACUGUCAAGCUUCACUAUGUCCACAGUGCACCAGGCGGCUCCGGCUCCACCAACCCUCCUGUGCUGAGCACCGUGUACGGGUAUGUGGGGACGCCGCCUGCACAGCGCCAGCUCUCCAGUCUGGUGUGGCGCCUGGGGCCCAGCCACUUCCUGGAGGAGGUCCUGCCUGCCACCAGCGUCGCCGCCAUCUACGAACUGGGACCCAACUACGUGGGCAGCUUCCAGGCCGUCUACCUGCCCUGUAAAGACUCGAAGACAGAAGGAGCACCUACCUCCCCAGUGGCAUUGGUACCAGAGGAGAAGGUGUCCUUCAGUCUCUAUGCGCUUUCUGUCACUACUCUCUCUGUGGCCAAGAUCAGGAAAGUCUACAACAAGCUGGACAGCAAGGCUAUUGCCAAACAGCUCACUGUGUCUUCUCAUGAAAACGCCACUCCGGUCAAGCUGAUUCAUAAUGCCGCCGGCCACCUCAAUGGGCCAGCGCGUACCAUUGGAGCCGCUGUAAUUGGAUAUUUAGGCGUCCGUGUUUUUGUGGCCAAACCCGUGGCCACCAGCCUGCAGUAUGUGGGUGGGGCAGCGGCCAUCUUGGGCCUGGUUGCCAUGGCAUCAGAUGUGGAGGGGCUGUAUGCCGCUGUCAAAGCUUUGGUGUGUGUUGUAAAAAGCAACCCUUUGGCCAGUAAGGAGAUGGAGCGCAUCAAAGGCUACCAGCUGCUGGCUAUGUUACUGAAGAAGAAGCGCUCGCUGCUCAACAGCCACAUCCUCCACCUCACCUUCUCUCUGGUGGGAACAGUUGACAGUGGCCACGAGACCUCCAUCAUUCCCAACUCCACCGCCUUCCAGGACUUGCUCUGUGACUUUGAGGUCUGGCUCCACGCUCCCUACGAGCUCCAUCUGUCUCUGUUUGAGCAUUUCAUCGAACUGCUGACAGAAUCCAGUGAGGCGGCCAAAAAUGCCAAACUGCUGAGGGAGUUCCAGCUGAUCCCCAGACUGCUGCUGACCCUGAGAGACACCUCGCUGUCCCAGCCGACCGUAGCUGCCAUCAGCAACGUGCUCAGUCUGCUGCUGCAGGGCUUCCCCAACCCAUAUGAUCUGCUGAGGUUUGGCCAGUUCAUCUCCUCGACUCUUCCCACAUUCGCCGUGUGUGAGAAGUUUGUCGUCAUGGAAAUCAAUAACGAGGAAAAGAUCGAUGGAGUUAAUGAUGAUGAUUUUGGCGGUCUCCUGUCUGCCAACCUCAUUCUGCUGAGAAACCGACUGCUGGACAACCUGCUCAGACUGCUCUUCACCACCAAAGAGAAGUGCACAGUCAAUGCCCAGGCGUGUGAGGAACUAGUGCGGACGCUGGGCUUUGAUUGGCUCUUGAUGUUCAUGGAGGAACACCUUCACUCAAGCACGGUCACGGCAGCUCUGUGGAUCCUGGUGGUGCUGCUCUCCAACCAAUCCAUCCUUAACCGCUUCAAAGAGGGCCUUUGUGGAGGAGGCUGGCUGGACCACACCGACUCCGUCCUCACCAAUAAGAUCGGCACAGUUUUGGGCUUCAACGUGGGCCGCAGUGCCGGUGGGCGCUCAACGGUGCGAGAGAUCAACCGGGACGCCUGCCACUUCCCAGGAUUGCCUGUGCUGCAGACCCUGCUGCCCAAACACACCAACGUGCCGGAGCUCUACUUCCUGCUCAUGGCACUGUUCCUGCAACAGCCCGUCACUGAGCUGCCAGACAGCCUGCAGGUACAUUUUGACCUGGACUCCCUCUGGACGUUCAUCUUUGGCAUACCGGCGUCCAGUGGGACAGUAGUGGCUUCCAUUCAUAAUGUGUACACAGAGGCGGCCUUCCUGCUGCUGGCCAUGCUGCGGAGCAUGCUCAACCUGCCGUGGCAGUCAGAGGAGGAAGGCUCCUGGCUGAGGGAGUACCCGGUCACCCUCAUGCAGUUCUUUAGGUAUCUUUACCACAACGUGCCCGACCUGGCACCGAUGUGGCACAGUGCUGAGUUCCUCUGUGCCCUGGCAGCAUCUGUCUUCCCUUUCAACAUCAGGCCCUAUUCUGAGAUGGUCAGUGAUCUGGAUGACGAGGCGGGGUCUCCCACCGAGGAGUUCAAGGGCUUUGCUGGGGACUCGGGUAUGAACCGCAGCCAGUCUGAAUACUGUAACGUGGGUUCCAAGACUUCCCUGACCAACCACCCAGCCAAAAAGUACGUCUUUGACUUCAUGAGGGUCCUGAUCAUGGACAACCUCUGCAUGACCCCGGCCAGCAAGCAGACACCCAUCAUUGACCUGCUGCUGGAGGCCUCCCCGGACCGCUCCACUAGAACUCAGCAGAAGGAGUUUCAGUCCAACAUCCUGGACGGCGUCAUGGAGCAUCUUCUGGCCGCUGAUGUCCUUCUAGGAGAAGAUGCCUCUCUGCCCCUCAGCAGUGGAGGCAGUUAUCAGAUUCUGGUCAAUAACGUCUUCUACUUCAGCCAGCGGGUGGUGGACAAGCUAUGGCAGGGCAUGUUCAACAAGGACUCCAAGCUGGUGGUGGACUUCAUCGUGCAGCUCAUAGGACAGUCUAAGAGGCGUUCCCAGGGCCUUUCCCUCGACACCAUCUACCACUGUCUGAACCGGACGGUGCUCUACCAGCUCUGCCGACCCCACAAGACGGUAGCCCAGCAGGUGGCCCUGCUGGACGCCCUGCGGGUCCUGACCGUCAACCGCAACCUGGUGCUCGGGCCGGGCAACCACGACCAGGACUUUGUGGCCUGCCUGGCUCACUGCUUUAUCUGCCUGCACAGUGGGAGCAGCGUGGAGGGCUUCGGUCUGGAGGCGGAGGCCAGGAUGACAACCUGGCAUGUCAUGAUGCCCACGGAGAACGAGGCUGAUGCUACGCACAGCCAUGACGUCAGCGAGGGUGAGACACACAUUCAAACCCUUUUUAUGACCCGUUUAUUUAACUGCUGUAUGAACUGCUUAUUUUUCUUUCUCUACUGUUCAGUCCAUGAGAAAAAGUGUAUCAGUCGUGGUGAGGCGGUGGCGCCGGCAACCCAGUCCAAACUUUCCAGAGUCAGCAGCGGCUUUGGACUCUCCAAGCUAACAGGCGUCCGCCGCAACAAGAGGGACAACAGCCUUAACAAGAACAGCCUUUCUGCACAGGAGACUUUCCAGUGGAUGUUCACACACAUCGCUGUUGUUCGAGAUUUGGUGGCCAUGCAGUAUAAAGAAUAUCAGGAGCGGCAGCAGAACGCCUUCAAGUACGUGACAGAGGAGUGGGCGUCCAUCGAAUACGAGCUGCUGCGUGAACGGGGUCUCUGGGGCCCGCCCAUCGGUUCCCACUUGGAUAAGUUUGUGCUGGAGAUGACAGAGGGGCCCUGCCGGAUGAGGAAGAAGAUGGUCCGCAAUGAUUUGUUCUACAUCCACUACCCAUACAUCCCUGAGAUGGAGCCAAACACCAACUCAGCACAGAAGCCUCUCCGUUAUCGGCGAGCCAUCAGCUACGACAGUAAGGAAUACUUUGUGCGUUUGCUGUCUGGAAACCCCGGCAUGUACCAGCACUCUGUGGAGCACAGCACAGAGGGAGAGACCACACAGCAUGAGCCCGAGCACGGAGAGGACACCAUUGCAAGAGUCAAAGGCCUGGUGAAGGCUCCUCUGAAGAGGUCUCGGUCUACAGCGGACGGGGCAGAUGAGGACAGUCAGGAGCAGCUUCAAGAGCAGCUAUUAGAGUCAGGAGGCCCGGAGGAAGAGCAGAGGACCGACAACACGUCCCUGUUGCGCCUCCUGGAGGAGGGAGAGAAGAUUCAGCACAUGUACCGCUGUGCCAGGGUUCAGGGUCUGGACACCAGCGAGGGUCUGCUGCUGUUUGGGAAAGAGCACUUCUACGUCAUCGACGGCUACACCAUGACUGUGUCCAGGGAGAUCAGGGACAUCGACACGCUUCCCGCCAAUUUGCAUGAGGCCAUCAUCCCCAGAGGAGCGAGGCAAGGACAGAGCCUACUAAAGAGAACCUGUAGCAUCUUCGCCUAUGAGGAUAUCAAGGAAGUGCACAAGAGACGCUACCUGCUGCAGCCUAUGGCAGUAGAGGUCUUCUCAGCAGAUGGGAGAAACUACUUGUUAGCCUUCCAGAAAGGAGUCCGUAACAAAGUUUACCAAAGGUUCUUGGCAGUGGUGCCUUCACUGGCCGACAGCUCCGAGUCUGUUUCAGGCCAGAGGCCCAACACCAGUGUUGAACAAGGAUCUGGGAUUCUCAGCACACUGGUCGGUGAAAAGUCAGUGACCCAGAGAUGGGAGCGAGGAGAAAUCAGUAAUUUCCAGUAUCUGAUGCAUCUGAACACACUGGCAGGACGAUCCUACAACGACCUGAUGCAGUAUCCCGUCUUCCCCUGGAUCCUGGCCGACUUUGACUCAGAGGAACUGGACCUGAACAACCCCAAGACGUUCCGUAACCUCGCUAAGCCAAUGGGCGCCCAGACUGACGACAGACUGACCCAGUACAAGAAGAGGUACAAGGACUGGGAAGACCCCAAUGGAGAAACCCCAGCAUACCACUACGGCACACACUACUCAUCAGCCAUGAUCGUAGCCUCUUAUCUUGUUCGGAUGGAGCCCUUCACACAGAUCUUCCUCAGACUUCAGGGAGGUCAUUUUGACCUGGCUGACAGGAUGUUCCACAGCGUGCGUGAAGCCUGGUUCUCUGCCUCCAAACACAACAUGGCAGACGUCAAAGAGCUCAUCCCCGAGUUCUUCUACCUGCCCGAGUUCUUGCUCAACGCUAACAACUUCGACCUGGGCGCCAAGCAGAACGGCACCAAGCUGGGUGACGUUAUCCUGCCGCCUUGGGCCAAGGGCGACCCACGAGAGUUCAUCAGAGUCCACAGAGAGGCUUUGGAGUGCGACUAUGUAUCAGCCCACCUCCACGAAUGGAUCGACCUGAUUUUUGGCUACAAGCAGCAGGGUCCGCCGGCCGUGGAGGCGGUCAACGUCUUCCACCACCUGUUCUACGAGGGCCAGGUGGACAUCUACAACAUCAACGACCCGCUCAAAGAGACGGCCACCAUCGGCUUCAUCAACAACUUUGGGCAAAUCCCCAAACAGCUGUUUAAAAAGCCCCAUCCUCCUAAACGGGUACGCAGCAAAGCCAACGGUGACAUUGCGAGCAUUCCUCCAAAUUUCAACAGCGACAAGAUCUUCUUCCAUCAUCUGGACAAUCUCAGACCUUCUCUAGCACCUGUCAAAGAGCUGAACGCGGCUGUGGGACAGAUCGUGUGCACCGACAAGGGCAUACUUGCCGUGGAGCAAAACAAAGUUCUGGUUCCCCCAACCUGGAGCAAGACUUUCGCCUGGGGCUACGCCGACCUCAGCUGUCGUCUGGCUAACUAUGAAUCUGACAAGGCGUUGGUGGUGUACGAGUGUCUGUCGGAGUGGGGUCAGGUCCUCUGUGCCAUAUGUCCAAACAUGAAGCUGGUAAUCACCGGUGGCACCAGCACCGCCAUCUGUGUGUGGGAGACAGGAACCUCCAAGGAGAGGGCCAAGUCACUUACACUCAAACAGGCAUUACUGGGCCACACAGACGCUGUGACGUGUCUGACAGCGUCGUCAGCGUACCACAUUAUUGUCAGUGGCUCGCGGGAUCGAACCUGCAUCAUCUGGGACCUUAACAAGCUUUCCUUCGUCACGCAGCUCAGGGGACACCGGGCCCCCGUCUCUGCUCUGUGUAUCAAUGAACUGACGGGGGACAUUGUGUCCUGUGCAGGCACAUACAUUCACGUGUGGAGCAUUAACGGCAGCCCCAUCGCCAGCGCCAACACCUUCACAGGGCGCAGCCAGCAGAUCCUGUGCUGCUGCGUGUCGGAGAUGAAUGAGUGGGACACACAGAACGUCAUUGUUACAGGACACUCGGAUGGCGUUGUCAGGUUUUGGAGAAUGGAGUUCCUCCAAGUCCCAGAAACCCCUGCUCCAGAGCCGGUGGAGCCAGAUGUGCCUGACUGCUGUGGUGAGGAGAAAAUCGAGGGUGGCGAGACUCACAACGGGGAUGAGGACAGCAGCGAGUCGGACGGAGACGAGCCCAGUCUGAGCCAGGAGCCCAAAGCACCACGCAACCCCUCAACAGAUGGAGGCAGCCAACCGGGCAGCGCUGUCCACAGACCCAGAGGUCCUUCAGCCCGUACCGGAGCUUCGUGGUCGAUGGACAGCAGCUCUGACGACUCUCACCGCUGGUCAGACACCCUUAGCAUCGACGAGAAGGACGGCUUUGUAUUUGUCAACUACUCUGAGGGCCAAACUAGGGUCCCUCACCCUCACCCUCACCCUCACCCAACUCAUCCAGGCCAGGGCUCAGUCCCACAGCCCUCCACCAUGGAUGCACGGACGUAUAACCAGCUAAGGGCCGGCUACAGAUGGGAGCGCCAGCUGGUCUUCCGGAGCAAACUCACCAUGCACACAGCGUUUGAUCGCAAGGACAACGCUCAACCAGCAGAGAUCACAUCCCUCGCCAUCUCCAAGGACCACAGUAAGAUCCUGGUGGGCGACGGUCGCGGCCGAGUCUUCAGCUGGUUGGUGAGCGACCAGCCGGGCCGCUCGGCGGCCGACCACUGGGUGAAGGACGAGGUGGUGGACAGCUGCUCCGGCUGCACGGUGCGCUUCUCCCUCACCGAGCGACGCCACCACUGCAGGAACUGCGGGCAGCUCUUCUGCCAAAAGUGCAGUCGCUUCCAGUCAGAGAUCAAAAGGCUGAAGAUCUCGUCACCGGUGCGAGUUUGUCAGAACUGUUACUACAACCUUCAGCAUGAGCGAAGCGCCGAAGGCGGCUGCAGAAACUGAGCUCCACCUCCACCCGGAAGAAACCCCUUCUGCUGCGGACUCGAGGAAUUGAGGAGCUUUUCAUUUCCCCAACCUCCUUGUUGUUCCCUCAACACCUCUCACGUAACGCUGUCCCUCCAAAGCCCCUUCUAUCCUAUAUCGUACGUCCAGUAACCACAUGUACUGUAACACACUGACAGCUUGUAACAGGAGGGAUGUCUCAGCGAACGAGGUGCGGGGAAAAAACGAUGAAAACAGAUUGAAAGGAAAUGGAAGAAAAAAUAGUCAAUCACCACUUUUACCACCUGCACUCACUUGGAGGAAGAAAAAAGAAAAAAAACUUGAUUUGGCACGUUCGAAUCAAUCGCUCGCCAUUUUUUGCUUUGAGAAAGGGACACAGGGAAAACGCCUUCCUCUUUCACCGUAAGACAUAACAAACUUGUUAAUAUUGUAAAUACUUAUCAUGGCCUUUUUAACUGUAAGAGGAACAAACAGAACAACAAAUAUGGUCAAUGAGAAAAAAACAACAUAUUGCCUGUAACAUAGCGUUGUGACUAACCACUCCUGGCUUUAAAAAAUAAUAGAUUGUGUGUAGUCCGCGUCACCAGUCACGGCAAGUCCAGAGGAAGGGACAUGAAUGUCAAUAAUUAAUCUCUAUGGGUUGACUUUACUAGUGAGUCUAGUUAUGCAAAAUGACAUAUUUUUUGAUUUCCUGAUCAUUUUUUGUAGUUGUUGUUGUUUACAAAGUUUAUUUUCUAAGAGUUGCCCACAGUGUCAUCACCUUCUUAGAGAGAUGUAUUCUUUUUUUGCCAAAUUCUUUUUUAAUGUAUCAAUUAUGAUGAUUUUUUUUUUUUCUUUUCUUCUUUAUAAUCGGUCCUUUAUAUUUCGGAGAAUUACCAUUUGGAGAAUUGUUGUUGUUGCUGCUGUCUAAAGACUGGACACAUUAUCAUUUCAGAUUUUACUUAGAUUUUUAUUUUUAAACCAUAUCGCUCAGUUUAUUUCAAGAGGUUUUGUCUAGGGAGAGAAAACAUCAUGGGUUCAUCAUCUGUGAAAAACAACAAAUUAGUUCCGUAAUAUUGCUACACAUUAAGGUUCCCUCGUGUCUCUUUCAUGUAGCCUUAUUUAGUUACUGUACGAAAGAAAGCAGCUUUUUAAAUGCACACAAAAGGGAUUUGAAGUGUAUGUUGUGAUUUUUAUUUUCUUGUUGGUUUCUAUUCAGAUGUGUGGUUUGCAGACCUUCACUCUGACCCUGUGGCAUUAUUACAGCAGAUUAGAAAAUGUGGCACUCGACACACUUUAUCCUCAGUCCUUGCAAAAGAUGUUAAACUGCAGGAGCAGCAGCCGAGCACCUUGUAAAGAGUCUGUGCAGUAAAGAAUGAAAUUAUUAUAAGCAUAGGAAAAUAUGUAAAUAAUAGUUUGAAUUCAUUUAGUUUAGUUGUCCUGAGAUCAGUUGGCUCAAGAUGGAUUUAGUUGAAUGAAGGUUUUGAGGUCAGAGGAAUUACCUGUGACUAUAAAAUCUAUGAAGUUUAAUUUGUGCCAAAGAUUGGAUUUUGUUAUUCGUCAAUGUUAACUGUUUCCACUUGUUAGGCUUUUGUUGAGUUUGCCUGGUUACUAUCACUGCUGAUGUGUCACUGUCCACUUUAGGGUCGUCCCAUAAAUUCAUAUAACAGACAUAAACAAAUCAUGGG